AUGACUCGGUUCCGGCCAUGCAUAGAUCUCCACGCGGGACAGGUGAAGCAGAUUGUGGGCGGCACGCUCGACAGCAGCAACGCCACCAAACUGCAGACCAACUUCGUAUCAGAGCAGCCCGCGGCGCACUAUGCGCAAUUAUACAGGGACAACGGCCUCGACGGCGCGCACGUCAUCAUGCUCGGGCCCGGCAACGAUGAGGCAGCGAAGCAGGCAAUUGGAGCCUGGCCCAAUGGACUGCAGGUCGGCGGUGGCAUCAAUGACAAGAAUGCGGCUGAAUGGAUUGAGGCUGGCGCGGAAAAGGUUAUUGUGACGUCUUUUUUAUUUCCCGGCGGACAGUUUAGCCAGUUACGAUUGGACUCUAUGCUCAAAGUGCUGGGCGGCGACAGACAAAAGCUUGUGAUUGACCUGAGUUGUCGUCGACGUGGUGAGGGCAAGUGGUUCGUGGCCAUGAAUAAAUGGCAGACCAUUACGGAUAUGGAAGUCAAUGAAGAGUCCAUCAAGCAAUUGGAACCUUAUUGCUGUGAGUUCUUGAUCCACGCGGCGGACAAUGAGGGGCUACAGCAGGGGAUAGACGAGGAGCUUGUAUCACGGUUGGCCGAGUGGUGCUCCAUCCCGGUGACGUACGCUGGUGGCGGCAGGAAUUUGGAGGACCUGGAACGCGUCAGGAAGCUCAGCGGCGGCAAGGUCGAUCUGACGAUAGGCAGUGCUCUGGAUUGCUUUGGGGGCACUGGUGUCAAAUUUGACGACUGCGUGCAGUGGAAUAAGCAACAAUAA